AUAUGAAACGCGCAAAUGUUAUCUCUUAUUCCGAGGAGGGAAUUCCUGUUGCACCAAGUGAGUUGUAAUUCCCCGCGACCCAAAACGAAUUCACGCAGCAUCAACUCGGAGCAUAAUAUAAAAGCCGCUCUGCUCCGAACUCAUCAGUCAAACCGAAUCCAACCAGUCAUCAGUACAAACAUGUUGAAGCUGUCCAUCUUCUUGUUCGCAUUGGCGACACUCAGCCACGCUUACGUGACUGACUACUAUCCGGAAUCCUUCUACUCACGAAACGGUGGUGAACAGGUGAUCUUCAGGCAUCGCAGAUCCUUUGCACCUGGUGCACCUUCGUUCCCGUUCCCCAAGACUCCAACCCACACGGAAGUCAAUCCGCAUAUAAAGCACGGAGCCGACGGUACAACCAAUGCAGGUGCAUCCAUCCAUCACGUAACCAAGGAUUACGAGGUCCAUGGGAAAUGGAGCAAAAACGUCGAUGGUCCUGGAAAAUCUAAAGCAGCUUGGGGCGUCAGCGGCAUCUACCGUUUGUAAAUGCACUAUCUCGUCAUCUUCCAAGGCUGUAUUGUUUAAAAAUGCAUUAAAUUAUGUAAAAUAAAUCGAGCGAGUUAAUCAGUU